GUCAAUAAAUUUGAACGCACACACUGCUAGCUUGUGUCCCUGAGGACAUUUUCCACUAAAUAUUUAUUCGGGCACCUAAUUAUCUAAUCAGCAGAGGCACAGAGAGAGAGAGGAGAGGCACAUUAGGACAUGUUUUCACUGAAUACAUACAAGCAUGUUGGGAAGCUGCUACACAGUGCUGUAGAGAUACUUCAGACUACGGGAGACUAAGAAGAUGCAAACUCUACAAUAAUUCACAAUAAGCGAGUGAAUCUGUGCUGCAAAUCUACCAAAUGGAGAUGAGGAAGAAAGCAUCUGCUACAGAACUGAGGCUCAUGGUGGUUGGUAGCAGCGGACCCUCACAGUUCCUACUAACCAAUGCCAUACUUGGAAGACAGGAGUUUCCCAAGGAUGUCACCAGCAUUUCUGGCAGCAUGAAGAGCACUGGAGAGCUUGCCGGUAGACGAGUAGUGGUGAUCAACGCACCAAACAUCUAUGACAAGGAUAUAUCUCAGGCCAAGAGGAAGAUGGAACUGAGAAGGUCUAAGUGCUUGUCUAUUCCUGGUCCACAUGCCUUUCUGGUUGCCUUUGAUAUGGAGGAUAUCUCCCUGAACGACUUUAACACCGCUCGACUGAUGAAGGAACGCUUUGGGAGGCAGUGCCUUCGACACUCCAUGGUUCUGCUGGCCUAUGAAGGUAAUCUGGAGGAAGCUGCACUUGAAGACAGAGUGCGAAAGAUAGACUGGUAUCUGAGAGAACUCAUCGAGAAGUACAGCGGACGCUUUCACAUCUUCAGGAAGAACUGGAGAGACCGAAGCAAGGAGAGAGAGCUGCUGCAGAAGAUAGAGUGGAUGGUUGCCUCUUCCGCAGGGGCCUACUUCUCCAGCACGACUUUCCAGAAGGCAGAGGACAGCGUGAUGAAAGAGGAAAAGAGGCUCAGGAAGCAGAAGGCAGCAGAGAUAGAGAAGGCAUGGGAUGAGAUGGAAAAGCAAUAUGUGGAGGAGGAUCUGUUUUUCCAGAAGGAUGCCUAUACUGCCAAUAUCAGCGCAGAGAUCCGAGCCAAGGCAGAGAUCGACAACAGCUGGGUCAGAACUUCCCUAGCAAGAGGACUGGGGACUGGUUUCUUUGUGGGGGCGGUUCUGGGUGCACUGGUUGGGUCUAUAGAGGGACCGGGAGGGAUGGUUCUUUAUGGUUUGAUUGGUGGUGCAGUGGGUGGAUCAGGAGGGGGAACUGCACAGGUGGCAAUAGACCACAUAGAGAACAGAGUGGCUCCACCUGCCAGGCUCAACUUCAACUCCAUCUUCAUCAAUCGCUUCUUUGCAGCUCCUAGGACAUGACACUGUGGUUUGACCGAUGACUAUAUUAGAAAAAAGAAAAGACAAACUUUACACCAUAUGCUUUUUGUAUUUAAGUUUCACUCAGGUAACUUUCUUACCUACCUGAUAUCAAAUUAAAAAUGGAUGUUUGUGUACCUUUAGGCUGAAAUGAAAAGUUUGUUCCUAUUUUCCUGUUUUUGUGCAAAUAUCCUCUAUAUGUUAUACUUGGAGUCUUGCAUAGUAUGAUGCAAUUUUGGCACCUGAACCUAAACAAAAUCCCAUAGCUGAUUAAAACUGUAACCAUUACAAAUAAAUACAGUUUUGCAGUUGUGA